UUCCUCCCCUCCCGCCUCCCCGGGCUCCGUCUCCUCCCCGCUGGCCGCCUCCCGGAGAGCCCGUUAUGAGCCCGGUGCAGUCUCCGGCGAGUGUGUGUCUCCGGGUCCCGGCAUGGAGCUGACAGCGGAGAAUCACCGCCUGCCCCUGAGCGACGGCAACAGCAUCCCGGUCCUGGGGCUGGGCACCUAUAUCCCCCCUCGCUUUAUCACUAAAGGAACCUGCCUAGAAUCUGUAAAACUGGCCAUAGACAUUGGCUACCGUCACAUCGAUGGGUCCUUCCUAUAUUAUAACGAGCAUGAGGUGGGAGAGGCCAUCAGAGAGAAGAUUGCAGAGGGGAAAGUGAAACGAGAAGAUAUCUUCUACUGUGGGAAACUGUGUAACACGUGCCACCCACCGGAACUGGUCAGACCAAUGUUGGAGAAGACCUUAAAGACAUUAGGACUGGAUUAUGUGGAUUUGUAUGUAGUGGAGAUGCCAAUGGCCUUUAAGGUAAAGAGCUAAGAGAAAAUGGGGAAUACGGGGCAGGUACCUUCACGGAUAAUAGGAACGUUCUACCGAGUCAAAUUGAUUGAGUAAAGAAGAUCACCCUUGGAUAAGAAGACUCUAUACUGAUCUUUUUAGAUAAAUAUAAACAACCUUUUUUUGGGUCCCCACCCUUUCUUCACCCCCCAGUUAUGGUAGCGCCACCCUCUUCGCCAUUCCCCAUUUUCUCUGUGAAUUCCUUUGGACCUUUUUUGGGAUAGGUCCUACGGUAAAGAGAAGGCAGCAACCGUUCCAAAGUGAAGCACCCCUUUAGAACCUCACAACACUUCUAGACAAAGAGCUAAGAGAUCUGUAACAACUAUUCCUGCACUGCUACGAUGUGUGUCUGUCACGAGAAAGCCUUGUAGGGGCAUAUUUACUGAAAUUGCGAUAAAUGCCCAAAAACCUGAUAUUCCUUUCCUUAUCGCCAGUAAUCCCUGUGAUAUUGUAAAGGGGUGAUUGUGUUUUAUGCAGAUACAGAUGUGUCCUUACCAAGCCUUGCUAAAAUCAUGCAAAAGACUCCUCUGUAUCACGCCACAGUAUUGGAUACAUCAAUGCACCAUGUAAUUGGUCGAUCGUAUUGUCUGGGUUCUCUGAAAACAUGUCUGUUUAUCUAUAUGAAAAAUGCA